ACUGGGUUUACAGUCUCUGGUUGGGUCACACCUCGCUAUUCUCGUUCAAAACAAAUUACUUCGCUGUCCUUCCUGUUAUUGUAAAGGUGGGGAACUCCCGAGAAACUCGGAUGUAGAAAGAUCCGGGUAUAUGUACAAAGAAGUAGGAAAGUGAAGGCCACCCAUGUAUGUUGUUGACCUGACCGAAGAUUAUUUAAAGAACUGGCAGCCGAGCACAUACCUUGGCGGAUAGAAAACGUCAGUCGAAGAACGUAGUUCAGCGCCGAAAGACAAGUGUUAUCGUAAUCGUUCGUUGAUGACAGAGACUAAAUGAAUUUCAAUCAACAGAUCAACUGCAGUCCUCGACCACGCAGGGUGUUUACUGUGACCUUUGACUCCGCAAGUGACUGACCCAAGAAAAGGGAAGUGUUACUCGUGUAGUCAAUCCAACGCAAACCUAGUGUGUGAGCUUACACCCGCCUGGUGUGGGAGGUAACGGAAACCUGGAGGGUUUGUGAAGGCGAUCGAGUCAGCCAUGCCCAUCAUCUGCAUCAACACCAAUGUACCCAGCCGGGUAGUGCCAACGUUCUUCCAUGCCAAACUGACCAACAUGAUGUUUCAGGCCUUGCAGAAGCCAAGAGAGGUAGUGUUCAUCGACUUGCGAGCAGAGGCCGACCUUAUGAUGGGUGGCGACAGGAACGCUUGUGUUUACGCCACCAUAGAGUGCAUCGGUCGCCUGAAUCCGGAGAAAAAUCUCGAGAUUACCCGGAUGUUGGAAGACUAUUUCAUCGAACACCUGAAAGUCAGACGAGAAAGGAUCGUGAUCAUUUUCAAACCAGUGUCAGCUUUGUAUUGUUCUUUCAACGGAGAACUGCAUGACCCCAAGAUAGAACAAGAUUUGGAUUUGCCUUUGUGUCCAUCAGCUUCUAAGGAAACAGGGGGAUCGUCAGAAUAGUUCUGUCUGCCAUCUUUUGACUGAUACUUUGCAGAAUCAAAAAAACUUUACAGGGCGAGUGCGCGCGUGUCUGCCUACGUGCGUGCGUGAGUAUUUUUGUGCGUGUGUAUUUGAGUGGCACGUGCUUGACAACAAAGACACAACUUCUGAUGUAAGUUUAGUCGUCCCUGAAUAAAUUGUACAGGAAAACAAUGAUACGAAUGAUGAAAACUGUUCACUGUUUUUAUUUUUGACAAGCAUAGCUGUCUGAGUGAGUAUUAAAUUAAAAAAAGUUGUUUUUA